AUGUCCGUCUCAGAUAGGCAGCCACAGCAGCCGAGCGCGCAGCCCUUUGUGCGCCGGUUAGCCGAGCGCCCUCCUGACCCCACCGCAGCAGCCUCAUCUGGCAGUGCCUCCCCGCCCCGGCCAUUUACCCCCGGAUUCGCCUCUGCCGGCAGCUCAGAGGGAUCACCCUCUGAUGACAGGUCGGCCGCCGUGGAAGCGGCGGCCGGCCACGCCGCCGUCCCGGGGCCGGCAGCCGCCGCCGACCACGCUGCGGCUGCGCCAGCUCAGCGCCACGUCAGCAUGACAUCAGCGCCGACAUCAGCGCAGCGCGAGAACGCAGGCGGCGCGGUUGCGCCGAGCCCGAAGGCGCUGACGCCGUCACCACCUCAGCGACAGCUCAGCGCCGCAUCAGCGCCGAUGUCUUCGCCGCUGGUGGACGUCAGCAACCUCCCCACGCUGCCAUCGCCGUGCUCCCAGCAGGGCACCGCCUCACCACUGCAGCAGUUUGCGACUCCGGCCGCCCUCGCGCAUUCAACGCUGUUCCCUGUGGCUUCACCGGCGCUGACACCGCCCACUGCCUUCCGCAAGCCGCGACCGCACUUCGCCACCGCCGACGACGCUCGGGUGUUUCUUGAGGUGCUGAAGGCUGUGGGAGAGGCAGCAAGGUUUGGAGAGUUGGAGGCCAGGAAGCAUGCGCUGACAGCGGUGCAUGCGUUUGCAUGCGAGGCAGCGCCUGUUCUGGCGGCGCACUUCGCUGACGUGGCGCCCCUGCUGCUGGACUGCGCCUGUGACACGUCUCGCGAGGCGUGCCCUUUUUCCCCAUCUGUGCGGUUGCUGGCUCAGCAGGCGAUGGAUGCAUGCAUGACCUCACUGCCGGUGCGCGGCUGCUGCCUGGAACCAUUGUUGCAGCGCUGCGGCCAGGAGGCCGAAUCGCUCGAGGGCGAGGCGGCCGCGCUGCAGGCUUUGUUCCGGGGCAUGAGCCAGCUUGUGAGGCGGUUGGGCCCCGGGGAGGCCGAUGCGCUGUUAGGAACGCCCCUGCUGCCCUGCCUCGUGCGAGCCUUCGGGCACGCCUCAGCAGACGUGCGCAAGGCGGUGGUGUUCUGCUUGGUGGAGCUGAGGCUGGCGGUAGAUGAGUCCAAGCUGGCGCCUGUGCUGGCAGAACUGAGCACCACCCAGCAGAAACUGCUGGCCAUCUAUGUGGAGCGAACUCAGCAGCAGCAGCAGCAGGCGCAGCAGCAAUUGCUUUAUUAA